UACAACCUCCUGAAGAAAAUUGUAAUCCAGUAAUUAAGAUUAGUUAAAUUAGCUAGUUAGUCCCAUGGCAUUUCUUUGUAUUAAUUAUAGUAUUAGAGCAUUAAUCGUAACGCUAAUGCUAUGGGUCCUUCCCUUGGUUGCCUAUGCUGGUAACUUUAAGAAGAAUUUCCAUUCUACAUGGGGUCAUGACCGUGUUGGAAUGUUUGAUGAUGGUAAGCUCCUCACCCUUACGCUUGACAAAUAUUCGGGUUCGGGGUUCGAGUCCAAGAGUCGAUACCUAUUUGGGAAGUUUGAUAUGAAGAUCAAACUUGUUCCUCGCAACUCUGCUGGCACUGUCACAACUUUCUUUUUAGCAUCAAAUGGAGCUGUUCAUGAUGAGAUAGAUUUCGAGUUCUUGGGAAAUGUAACGGGUGAGCCCUAUACAAUUCACACCAAUGUAUUUAGUCAAGGAAAAGGUAACCGAGAGCAACAAUUCAAACUAUGGUUUGAUCCCACCACCGAUUUUCACACUUAUUCUAUCACGUGGAAUCCUCACAACAUCAUAUUCUCAAUAGAUGGACUACCCAUAAGGGAAUUCAAGAAUAGGGGAUCAAUAGGAGUACCAUACCCAAUAAGCAAACCAAUGAAGAUAUAUGCAAGUUUAUGGAAUGCAGAUGAUUGGGCUACAAUGGGUGGGAGAGUCAAGACUAAUUGGAAAGAAGCCCCUUUUGUUGCUUCAUAUGGUGGCUUCAGGAUAACAGCUUGUAAGUGGGCCCGGUCAACGAAGUCAACAAAUUGCAUAGAGUCAAACACAAAUGGAGAAAAGGAUGAAUGGAAAAAUCAACAAGUCAACUCUUCUGAAAAAAAGUGGAUGAAAAUGGUGCAAAGACACUACAUGGUUUACAAUUAUUGUACUGAUUUAAAUAGGUUUCCUAAAGGUUUGCCUGUUGAAUGCAAUUUAUCUUAACAUAACAAAGAGCAUCUUUUAGUUCAAUUGUACAUUUUUUGGGGGGGGAUAUGUUGUUUUAUGCUAAGACAAAUAUGUCCACAUCUAUAUAUUUUUACAUCAAUAAAUACUAAUA